AUGUACAUCGUCCGCCAUGCAAGGCUCCGGAUGCGACCCCUCCAGCAGUGGCUGGCUAUGGUUUAUGCCCCGUCCAGGGAUCACCUGGAUAAGGUCAUCACCAUCCCACCAGAGGUACUCACCACGUUGCAGUGGUGGACCGACUCCAGAACAGUCUUUGGUGAAGUCCCGUUCGACAGCCUGCGUCCUUCGGUGUCGCUGAUGCUUCAGACCUUCGCUGAGGAGCGCACCUCGGUGCGAUGCGGACACAAGGGAACAAAAGAGACUGAAGGUGAAGAGGAGGAGUCUGGUUUAAUUCAGCCUGCUGAAGUAUUUGCUCCCAAAAGCCUGGUGUUGGUGUCCAGACUAGAUUAUCCAGAAAUUUUCAGGGCUUGCCUUGGCUUGAUCUACACUGUGCAUGUGGACAGCCUGAAUGUGUCCUUGGAGAGUCUCAUUGCAAAUCUCUGUUCAUGCCUUGUCCCUGCGGCUGGAGGCUCUCAGAAAUUGUUUUCAUUGGGAGCAGGAGACAGACAGCUGAUACAAACCCCUUUACAUGAUAGCCUUCCUGUUACCAGUACCAGUGUGGCUCUUCUUUUUCAACAAUUGGGAAUGAAAGACUGGAAUAAUAUGACACAAGUUCUCAGCCAGCAUGAAUGCUUCCAAAGCCACAGAAAAUGCAUGUAAGUGGUUGGAGUUGGAAAACUGGCUA